UAACCCUGAAGGUGACAUUGCACCUAUGUACAUACGCUACUACAGGCAGGUAAGUUGAGCUCAGUGUCUCUUUAAUUAAUUACCCGGGUACUAUGUUAGCUAUGUAGUACAUAUGUGAAUAGUAAGAAUCCCACCUGCUUUCCCCGGAUCCUUCUUCCUCUGCCAUCAACAACAGGCGUGCCUCUUUGCCGCCGUCCGAUCCUUCCAAUUGCUCCGAAUUGCUUUCAAUUCGGUCCAUUCUUUUUAUUUUUAUAUUCGAAUAUACAUACUACCUAAUAAUAAUCAAUAUAAUGCUCGCCUCUCGGCUAUGAUUGGAUCCCACGAUCAACGAAUCACAUGGCGCAAUCUGAUGAGUCCGGCACCAUGACCUCGGGCUGGUCAAAGGAAAAAUCUGUAAUUCAAGAGAAAACAGGAGCACCAGUAGCAAUACCACAUUCGGGCGUGGUCACGACUGUGACAUCCCCUACCGCAGUCAAAAGGGCAUCCUCGGUAUUCGAGUUCCGUGGCUUUGACUUUUUCGCCAAUCGCGACUUCAACGAGCUGAAGAAUGCUUCUCGAGCUUACUUUGGGCCCCAAGGCGGCUCUGAAAAGCAUGAACGCCUGCCGUCCACCUGGCUAGGCGAUGAAACGCCCACUGGGACACCACGAUCCUCCGAUGUUGGCCCUCCCCCUAGAAGCAGUUUGCUUCCACCUCCGCUCGGCAGGCAAUCGCCGCCUGUCGAUAGGGGCAUACUGGGCCUUAGGAGAUCUCGAUUCUGGUGGUUAGUGGCACUAGUAGCGCUCUUGUUGCUUGUCGCUAUCGGUGUCGGCGUUGGGAUCGGUGUUGGUAGGCGGGCGUCAGGAAAUUCUGGUGACGUCGCUGCUUCAGCAGACUCUGUGUCAUCGAGUUCGCCUACCAGCACGUCUUUGGGUCCUAGCUCCUCGGCUACUGGCACUGCAACUGCAACGGCGAGCUCGCCGACUUCAACUUCAACAGGCAGCUCGGCCGGUAAAAUUGACUGUCCCGCGGCCAACGGCACCACUUACCAAGUUCCCGGGUCCAGCAAGCAAUUUCUACGUGUGUGCGGCGUAGACUAUAGUGGCCAGGGCGCAGAGGACCUACGCCAGGUGUCCACGGAGACUAUGCUGGAUUGCAUAAAGAACUGUGCUGGAACAGCCGAGUGUACGGGUUGUGGGUGGGGUUAUAUUGAAGGGGACGUUGGCGCCCAGCACACGUGCUACCUCAAGGGCAACCUCACGAAAUCUCAUGAGGCCGAUGUCAACUGGGCUUUUGCUGUGCUUAUAUGAAGUAGAUGACCAGUGGAUGAGAAGAUGUGGCAAUUUGUUGAACUGUGAAUGACUAUCGAGUCGAGCGUUGGUGGUUAUAGUAAUGUUUUGCAAUGUCCCUACUUAUGCGGGUAGACAAUACGUGCAUAUAAUGUCCUCAAUGUGGCCCGCUUCAAUGGCUGCUUACCUAUGUAUAUGUUGUGUAUCUUGACAGCUAUUGCUGCGUGCCUAGACACCUAUUUAUUUGACAGUACUUCAUGAUCUAACAUUUUGGAUUACUCCGUCACUAUCACCCAGUAUAGUUUGUGCACCUUAUA